AGGACCAUGUGUAGCUGGAAUUGUUGGCUACAAGAUGCCUCGAUAUUGCUUGUUUGGAGAUACAGUAAACACAGCAUCUCGCAUGGAGUCUACAAGUUUGCCACAGAGGAUACACAUCAGUUCUGUCACAUACAAUGCACUAAGUGCAGAUGAUGCAUAUGAAAUUGAGCUGCGAGGGGAAAUUGAAGUCAAGGGUAAAGGAAAAAUGAAAACCUACUGGCUACUGGGUCACAAAAAUUACAGCGUUCAAAAUGAUAGUCUAGUUUGCCACUGGAACCCUGAGAUUUCCAGGAAAAAGAAACUUGAAAACAUCAGCAUGACAUUGGGACAACAGUCAAACGGAAGCAUGACAUUACAAGGAACAAGUCACAGAUCAAUGCCAGCAUCAGACAUGCAUGAUGGGAAAUCUUAUGAGCAUCAGAAGACAAACUCAGCAAUUCCUGUGAGAAGGCAAAGCACAAUUAGCAUGUUAAGCCAGGUGCAAAAAGACAUGUCCCAUUGUAAAGAUCAAGUAAGCUUUUGGAAUGAAGUCACCAGCUCAGAGACUUUUAGGAAGGGAAAAGUAUUUAACAAAUCUAUCAGCUCUGUAUUGUCAUUUGUAGACUGUGGGACAGAUGCACUCGGAAAAGCAAGUGACCUUCCUGGUUAUGUGAGCAAUACUUAAAACAUGGACUGUUUCUGAAAUGAACCAUGAAAGAAUUAAUGAAUGGUUCCAGUCAUUAACUGUAUAUGUUAUUGAUAAAAGCACUGUGAACAUUAAUAAUACA